CUUAGUUUCUCACCCAGCCCUAGCCAGAAACGUCGGAAAUCACUUCGGCAUUGGUCGGCAUACACAGCCACAUGUCCAUGUCCAUGUACGGACUAGGGCUCCGGUGGCAUGGCACAUGAGCCCAAUUUCAGUCCCGCAUGUCGGUAAUCAGUCCCGAGAUUUCCAUCCGAGAAAGUUGACCGGGUCAGACCUGUAGCAUGACAUGUACCAGUCUCUGAAGCCACGCGCAGGGAACAAAUCCACAAUCCCACGACUGUAUGUGCUCGGCACGUAAAAGAGACUGGAUUUGGCCUUGCAAUACUCCGCUACCGUGAACAGGGAUCCCACCUUCUGGGUAAAGAGUUUUUGUUCCGGGCAUGCUUCGGCGAGUGCUUUUGGGUCCAACGAUGCGGAUCUAUUGAUGUCUAGCAUCUCCCAUGAAGCCUUCACGGGAUAUAGCUGCAGCCGAAUAGGCCGAGGAAUUGAAUUUGGUUCAGCCACAUUUAGCAGCGCGACUUGUAAUAUAUUAUCGCACUAUCCCUGAGACAUUGAGACCAGCGGAUCGAAUGGAGAGUGACUGACUAGCGGGCGUUUUCAACAGACCUUGUGGACUGCUUUGCCGCCGAGAAGAGUCGAGUACAGAGGUUUCAAGCCAGGACUGAGUAUUAAGAUAACGUUCGCGAGAUCCACAGUCAGGAGGCGGUCGUCGGCGUUAAGCAUGUCGGGUGAGAGUGGGUGCGAUUGCUACCGACCAAGAGGUAGUGAGUAGCAGUCUGCUGUCGAGCAACCCAAAAAGGAAACUCGAGCUUGGUCCUGAUCUGUCACUCAAGGGGCUGGACUGCAGUCCGACCAAAGCAAAGCGCCAUUCAGUUCUUCAGCCAGCAUGCGCAUUCUUCUCCCAUCCCGUACUUUUGAGACUGUCUAUGAACGCGCAAUGCUUCGCUCCGUUGCACACCUGUCUCAGGCGGAUAUUCGCGGAUGUCCACCCCUCAGACUGACUCUCUUAUCCGCCUAACCCUGAUUUAUACGCCCAAAGCUAUAUAUCUUCAAGGGUGGAGUCGCAACAAACCCCUCAUUUCACUCGUGUCUUCAUCGUACGCGACUACCAUGCACUCCUCUGCCUCCAACGCUCUUCUCACAUCGCUUAUCCUGGCAUCCUCGCAGUCCAGUGCUGCUUCCCUGCUCGCCUCGCCCUUCGUCUUCGGCACGUUCAGCGGUGGAGUCUUGCAAGCUGCCGAGCCUCCCGCUUCCCUUGCCUCAGCUCCUGCAGCACCGCCCUCGACCAACGCCGGGUACAACUUUGCCGGUCUGCCCUUCGAUGUCGCGUAUGCACCCGCCAAUGCGCCGAUCGGAGUUCAGAGCGCUCCAGGGGCGCAGGCCAGUGGGAGUGCCUACGUGAACGUCGUCGCUGGAGGGAAAAGCUCUGUUAGUGCACCCGCCGCAGUCCCUACCGGUGCGAUCCCGCUCAGCCCCGGUGCAAGCUCCAAGUCCGGUAUAACGACAACGACGACGACGAGUACAUCCUCUUCCACGCUCUACAUUUCUCUGGGCAGCGUCGUAAAAGCGUCGAGCGCGCUGAACGAUUCACUCUCGUCGCUUCUCAAGCAGCUGACGGGGUCGAAGAACAGGAAGGAUACCGUGGCAAAAGCCCUGCCGAACAUCCAGAGUCUGUUGAUCGCUGUGUCCGGCACGCUGAAGGGUGUCAUCUCGAAUCUGAACACUGCGACGGCUACAAGCGACGGUGACCGCAUCGUUCACGAGGUGAAAGUCCUCGCCCAACAGAUUUCGUCCUCCAUAGACAAAAUCAGCACCGUCGCUUCGUCUGGGGCCGAUCUCUCGACGUUGUUCCCUCCGCUUCAGACUAUGCAGUCGGAGCUCCACACCAUCUUCAGAUCACUGACGACUCAAUUCACUACCUUGUCUCAGGCGCAUGUCCUCGCCGAUGCCCAAGCGAUGCUGACGAGUUCUGUGGAGAAUGGUUUGACAUCCAUUUGACGGCAAAUGUUUCUGCUUAGUCUAUAAAGGACAAUGUAGAUGUACAUGUAUCAUCCUCGCUGCGUGCACAUGAAAUCUAUCUCAAGUGCAUCAACUGAAAUCAGGAAAUCUUACAUCAAAGACAUGUCUUCUUCAUCUACCAUGUCGGUUCGAUCGCCAACCACAGACAGUAGAAACGCAAGGUUUCAGGAGAUCACACACGAAAUCCUCGCUUUGAGCUACCAGCGCAGCUAGCGGGCUUGAUCUCUCAGUCCCAAGCUGCUCUGGUGCGCAAGCACCUAGCAUGUAUCCAGUCCAGAUACACCUCCAUGCGAAGCGUCGGUUUGUUCGAUGCCACUGCGAGACUCUUCACGGACCUGCGUAACUCCCGCAGCCCCUUCCGACCACCGCUACCCCCAACGGCUAUCUUCGCUGCGGGUCUCAGCGGCUUCGAUCGCAUCGACGAGCGCGGGUGGGACCGCGCCGGGUACCAAGCCGUCGACGGCCACUCGCAGGAGGGCUGGGAAGAUCGGACGCAGCACCAGAUCGCGCUGACGAUGGAGAUGGGCAGGAUUUUCAAGAUCCCGCCUGGCCAAACAGUCGCGUACGACCCGUGCUACUCGAUCGUCGAUGUCGUGCUCCUCGCUGCGCUAGGCAUCCGAGCAUUAUGCAAGGACGAGGCGGAUCUCAAGCGGCUGCGCGUAUUCACCACCCCGACGCUCUUCUAUGCACCUGGCGCCGAAGAACACCUCGUCUCGGAUACCCUGCUCCGGACGCCCGACAUCGCAAACCUCAUAUACGUCGGCAGCGACCUAAUGGGAUGGUGGGACCGCCGUGAGGAGAUAUUCGCAUUCGCGAACAACUCUAAAUCCCUCCCGCUGCCCGAGUACCUCGUUGUGCCCCCGAAUGACGAGGCGAGAGAGGCACCCUGCGGACAGGGUCUGUGUUUGCAAUGGAUCCCAGCGGGCGACAGCGUCGCCGAGUUCAAUCGCGUGCGGGGUCCCGCGAGAGAGCCAGCGACGCGCCAGUUGGAAAUGCCAGACGGUUCCACCGAAUACGACGAUUAGGCCUUGACCUAGACCGGUAGCAACGGGCCGCUGCCUCAUGGCAGCGCUUCUACGUAGGUUCAGCUUCGGGAGCAUAUUCGAUCCUUCCUGUCACGGUGAGACCGUGCGGCAGGUGGAAGCUGUGUGCUGGCAUUCAGAGGGCUAUAACUAAAUGUAGUCCCUUUGUGAAUGACAAGAAACAAAACCUAGCUGCCUAGUAUGUACGUAGAUGUAUGCAGAGAAAGACCGUCAGUGUCAAUGAUAUGGGUAU